AUGCACGGUAACAUUGGAACAAUGGUAAACAAAAACAGGGGGAAAUAGUCUUUAAAAAAAUAUAUUUUUAAUAUUUAUAGGAAAAUGGAGGAGGAUGAAGUGUGCCGGGUUUGCCUGCAACAGGACGAAGACAUGAUCAAUAUAUUCGAUAGUGAACCAGAACACGAUAUAUGCAUUUCGGAAAUGAUUGCCCAAUGGUCCGGCUAUCAAGUUGAAAGAGGGGACUUACUUCCGGAAACGAUCUGCCCAACAUGCUUGCAGGAUGCUCGAGCAACAUUUGAGUCUACCCAGAAGUUCGACAAGGGAGGAGUCUGCAAAAUUUCAGACGGCGAGGACUCGAUUUACGACGGGGGAACGGAAAUCCACGUUAAACAUAAAAAAACCCAGGAGUACCAAGUGAAAAACGAACCUGUUGAUGAUGACAUAAACAUAGAAACAGUCUGCAAAAUAUCAAGCAAUAUGAUUGAUCAAUCUAACGAAGAAAUUUAUAGCGACCUAUUCGAGGAAGACGUCUGCAAGAUAGAAGUCAGUGAUACUUUGUCUACAUCAGAUCUUAAUACUAUUCCAAAGAUUAAGAACUUACCUUCACGCGGGAAACGGCGCUAUAAGUGUUCCCUGUGCCCGAAAUCUUUUGUGGAUGCCUCCCAGUUUAGUCAACACAUUCUGACCCAUUCAGGAGAUAAUGCCGACGAUUAUUCAAAGUUUGAUUUCUCUGAAUCAGAUUCGAAUGCCACAGCUUACAAAAAGGACGAUUAUUACCCGCCAUCUGUUACUGACUCUCCUCCUCCAAAGUCUCACGGUAAACGGCGCUACAGCUGUUCCCAGUGCCAGAAAACUUUUACCCACUCAACCGAUUUAAAGCAACACAUUCUAACCCAUUCUGGAAGUAAAAAGAAUAGAUCGAAAUCUGAUUUGCCUGUAUCGAAACUAAAACCCACUUCUUACAUGCCCUACAAAUGUAAUUAUUGCCCGAAAUCUUUCAAAGAUUUACAAUCACUUAAGUUGCAUGCCCUGAAACAUGGUAAGCGGUUCAGGUGCUCCCAUUGUCCAAAGACUUUUGCGGAGGCAAAACAUUUGAAGGAACACAUUCGGAGCCAUUCGGAGGAUCAUUCCGAUAGUCCGAGGACUCCAACUCCAUCAGAUUCAAAGAACCGGUUGUUCAAAUGUCCCCAGUGUCCUAAAACAUUUCCGUACUCCUCGAGUCGUAGUCGACACCUUCUUAGCCACUCGGAAAUACGACCGUAUAAGUGCCCCUAUUGUCCAAAUUCCUAUGCACGUCCCUAUGCUCUCAGAGACCACGUUUUUUCCCACUCCGGAGAAAGACCGCACAAGUGCGAAAAGUGUCCAAAGACUUAUUUAAGGGUCCAUCAUCUCAAGGCCCACCUGCUCACACACACUAUAAAACGAAGCAAAGACAGGCCGCACAAGUGUUCCCAAUGCAAUACGUCCUUCCUGUCUACAUCGGAUUUAAAUCGACACACCCGGUUACACACUGGGCACAAACCCCACAAAUGUGAUGAGUGCAAAAAGACUUUUUCUCGCGCCAGCGAUCUUAGAAAUCACAUCCGUUCUCAUACGGGCGAAAAACCCUAUAAGUGCAGUUUGUGCCCAAAGUCCUUUGCAGUGAAUAGCAAUUUGAAAAAACACCAAAAGUUGUGCAAGCUUGAAAUGACAAAUUGACGAUUAUAUCAUUGUUUCCAAAUAUAAUUUUUAAUCCAACAUUAUUGAAA